AACCAACAAAAGGAUUACUAUACAUAGGUACCAGGAAGAUUGUUGUGGAAACAAUUUAGAUACUAAGUUAGUGAGCACCAGAGGUAUUAAGGAAAACAGGUUUGAGUAGGGUGUGGUUGCAGUAUUUAUACAGUCCAGAUGAAUGCUUUGAGACAUUUGAAGAUAAAGACUGCUUACUGAGGAAGUGUUAGUGACAGUGCAGUAUGACAACCAGGACUAUACUAUUACUCUUCAUGUGUACAGUCCUCACUGGGCAAGGGUCAAAGGCUCAGGACUGUGGAGUGGCACCUCUGAACACAAGGAUAGUGGGUGGUGAGAAUGCCACAGCUGGAGCAUGGCCCUGGCAGGUCAGCAUGCACCGCACAGCUCACGUCUGUGGAGGGACCCUCAUCAAUGACCAGUGGGUGCUCACAGCAGCCCACUGCAUCACAACAAACUCUGUGAGUGCAUGGACUCUCUACUUUGGAAGACUGACUCAAAGCGGCUCGAAUGUUCACGAGGUGAGCCGCACCGUGUCCCAAGUCAUCAUCCAUCCUGACUACAACAACACAUUAUUCAACAAUGACAUCGCCCUAAUGAAGCUGAGUAGCCCUGUCAGUUUCACAGACUACAUCAGACCUAUCUGCCUGGCAAGUAACUCCAGUCAGUUCUUCAACUCCACCCCCUGCUGGGCCACAGGCUGGGGCAGACUUGGAAAGGACAAGCCUUUGCAAGCUUUCGACAGACUUCAGGAGGUUCAGAUUCCUGUUAUUGGAAACAAGCAAUGCAGCUGCAAUUACCUCCCAGCUUCUGAAGCAAACAUCACCGACAACAUGAUCUGUGCCGGGCAAGAGAACAAAGGAACAUGUCAGGGGGACUCUGGUGGACCUUUGCAGUGCCAACAAGGCUCAGUAUGGAUCCAGGCCGGCAUAACCAGUUUUGGGAUACCUUGUGCCCUGGCUGAAUUCCCCGAGGUCUACGCCCGAGUGUCUCAGUACCAGCAAUGGAUCACAGAUCAAGUGGCAGGGACCAAUGUCAGCUUUGUCACAUUCACCUCCACCGGCACCGACCAAGACAGCAGCUUCAUGUGCAGGACAUACUCUGGAAACUCAACCACACCAGCUCCGUCCUCCACAGCAUCACUCUUUGCAACUGAGCUUGCAUUCACUGUCAUCUCAGUGACAGUGUUCCUGCAGCACAUGUUCUGUGCUCUAUAGCACAGUUUUGCAAAACAGCUUUUCAACUUUUUCUAUUGUAUUUGUCUGAUUUCAGAUCCUAUAACACUAUCACAGUUGUAGUUGAGUUUGCAUAUGAUUAAAGUGUCACUACACUAGACAAUGUUUGUCUCUGUUGAAACUGGAUAUUUUGUGUUUUUUAAAAAACUUUUCAAAAAACGUUUUAAAAUUAUGAUGUAAAACAAAAUUAAUUUAACACACAGAGCCUCUCUGAAAUACCAGGCAAUGCACUUGAUAUGAAAACUAAUAAUAAAACAAGAUGUGUUUUGUUCAUCCAGUCACAAUGGAAAUAAAAGACUCUUUAAGUUUCUUCUUCUUUAAAAAUUAAAGAAAAUAAACAAAUUCAGACGAACUUGGCACCACUGGUAUUGAUAUUACUGACAAUCACUUGUUGUUACCUUGGUUAUUUAAAGAGCAUUUUAAAAUAGCAGUAAACAUGCUUACACAUAUAUUUCCAGGAUGUGUGUGUGUGUAUUUGUGUAUGUGUGGGGGUGUAAUAUUAUUGGGCAACAGUGGCACCAGGUUUGUGACAUUUAUGUUGUGUAAUUCCUCAAAAAGGAUGUAAAGCAACAUGCUAGGGUAAAGGUUUUAUUCCAUGGUACCAGUAUCAAUUAUAUACUGCACUUGCUGGAAUCAAGGAAAGAAUCUUACAAGUUGUGUAAAAACAGUGUGGGAAUCUUCACCUGAAAAAAGGUGUUUACAAAUAAAAGGUAAGGGAAUGGAGGCAGAACAUUUUUUUGGAAUCUCCUAGCUACAGCAACAACUCAAAGAAAAGUUUUUUUUUUUUUUUUUCCAUCUUUUGCUUUCUACCAAGAUGCUGUAAAAUUGCUGAAUAGUGGAGAGACAGUUUCACAGGCAGGGUCUAAGAAGACGUGGCCUUUUCCGUGGUGAUGCAAUAAAUGUGGGAAGAAGGUGGAAAGGGAAAC